AUGGCCACUUCGCAGCCGCAGCGGCAGCCAUGCGGGCCGAAGCCCUCGGCUUGUCGCACACCGUUGCUGCCGGAGUCGCCGCUGCAGGUGAAGGUGGUGGGGCUCUUCAAAAGCUCCAGCUUUCAGAUGUCGAAGACCAUCGCAGAGACUCUGAAACAUAAUUACCCAUCCAGAUUUGAAGAUCCUGUGAUAGUUCCUCUUCAAGAAUUUGCUUGGGAUCAGUAUCUACAGGAGAAAAAGAGGGAACUGAAGGGCGAAACCUGGGUAUAUUCCUCCUAUGUGAUGUGCUUUAUUAAUGAUCAACUGCUGGGUAACGCAUUUGACCUGAAGAAGUGGGCCCAGAAGGUGUGGGACGUGGUUGAUGUCCGACCCUCCGCACUGUAUGAAGCACUAACUUUGAAUUAUUCCACCAAGUUCUUAAAAGACACCAAGCAUGAUUUUGUGUUCUUGGACAUUUGUAUCAAUCUUUCUCCAAUUGGAAGACUGAUUUUUGAGCUAUAUUGUGAUACAUGUCCCAAAACAUGUAAAAAUUUUCAGGUCUUGUGCACGGGAACGGCAGGGUUUUCUGAGAGAGGCGUAAAGCUUCAUUACAAAGAUUCGAUUUUUCAUCGAGUAGUCCAGAAUGGUUGGAUACAAGGAGGAGAUAUAGUACAGGGAAGAGGAGAUGACGGGGAGUCUAUUUAUGGACCAAUAUUUGAAGAUGAAAACUUUUCAAUUCCUCAUAAUAAAAGAGGAGUUCUUGGAAUGGUCAAUAGAGGUCAUCACACCAAUGGCUCACAAUUCUACGUCACACUGCAAGCAGCUCCCUAUCUGGAUAGAAAGUACGUGGCUUUCGGGCAACUAAUCGAAGGAACCGAAGUUCUUAGACAACUGGAAUUAGUCCCAACAGAGAAUGAAAGACCAACGCUUCUCUGCAGUAUUGCAGACAGUGGAAUUCUUUAUACCUGAUUUUCACAUCGGUCAGAUUUUCCGCCAUGAUUUAUUACUGUGCAUUUGAUCAGCUGUUUCUGUAUUUAAUUAAAUGGUGCUUGAUAACGUUGAUUCCAAGACUGUAGCAGACACAAUAGGUUGGUUCGUCUAACAGUCAUUCCCCCUUUCCUCUCCUGCCUCCACCACAAAGAGACUUUUAAAACAAAAUACUCAAUUUCCCAGGUCCCUUUACAACUGGAAAGGCCAUUUGAGAGUCUGUGGUUAGUGGGUCACUGGAAUGCCAGUGAUCUUGUUCUCACCCCUUCAUCAUGUCUUGAAUACAGAUAGGCUGGGAGCCAAGAGAACUGCUGGGCUGUCAGCCCCACCUCACCACCAUGACCUCCUCCUUCUGGAAUUUUUACUACUUAAGACAAAUAGAACUCUGAUUCUAUUCCUGUGGUUCUUUGGUUACUUGUGGCCCCAAAUGUUAUUAACCUAUCUAUGUACCUAGAGAGUUUUUAGUCUAAAGCAUUUGUAAAUGAAUUAUACUGUUUGUAACUACAUUCCUACCAUGAUAAACUUGGUCAAUAACUGACACAAUAGAAAACCACAGCUUAGUGUGGUUAUAUUGCUUAUGCAUAGCAUGCAGGAAGGACACAUGGAUUUGGAUGUUGUAAACACAAUCCAUGUCACUGAGCUAUUCCAACCAUAUGAAAAUCAAGAGCUUUGAUUGAACCUUGUGGUGACUGAUCCCAGUGACAUUGCUGGAGUUCUCUCUGUCCUAUCAGCUGCUCCAUCGGAAGGUCCCUAAGGCUACCUCACUUGAAGGGAAAGCUUCUUAAAAAUAGAUCAGCAGGCCCUGUCCUGAGUCACAGUCUGCAAGAGGUAGAAUCUCAAGAUGGAAGGAGUCUUAAUUUAGUUCUUUCUUACUUGGACAGCUGAGCACCAGUCAUCUGGGAACCACAAUGUGACAGAAUUAUCUGACUUCAGCACCCCCGGCGACUCUUACUGGUGACCCUCAACUCCGACCACUACCUCUGUGCUUGUGCCUCUCUCCCACUUUCCUGACUUUCUAACCCCGCUCCAAAGGUGACUGUCUCCAAGGAUGAGCUCCCCUUAAACCAAUUCUGAAAGAGACAAGCUGUAAAUUGGGGCUUGCCAAAUGUAGGCAUAGUAUUUAUUUUGAGAUGGUUACAGAUUCACAUGAACUUGCAAAAGUAGUGCAAAGAAGUCUUGUGUACCCUUUACCCAGUUUCCACAUAUAGUACAAUAUCAAAAUAGGCAGCUAACAUUGCUGCAAGUGUGUGAUGCCAUUUCAUCAUGUGAAGCUUUGUGUCACACGUAAUGACGAUCCACCACCCCAAAGAACGCCCUCGUUCUACCCCAUAUUCUUACCCAGCCUGUCUUAGCUCUGUAUCAUGUAUACACCAAAUACAAAGCUUUAAUGUAGAUGAGGAGAAAGAACAUGGUCCAUGCCACAUCACCAACUGACCCAGAGAUGACAGUGUUAAGAACAUGUGCUCUAGAGCCAGACUACUCAGGUUGGAAACCAGGCUCUGCCCUUUCCUACCUGCACCAACUUGGGCAAAAGCUUCUCUGGACUUUUAUUUUCUAAUGUAAAAAAUAGGUUUUGUUAUC